AUGGGGGCAGUGGAGCGCCCCGAGAUCACGGCCGGAUUCGCCGACUUCGAUGCUGGCCAUCGGGAUCUGGUCACGGUCACUAGAUUUAACUUCUAUGGCAACCGUAUUGUCACAGCUUCGUCUGAUCACCGCAUGAAAGUUUGGGAUCUCAAGGAUGGCCAAUGGCAGCUUAUAGACACAUGGCGCGCUCACGAUGCUGAGAUUCGCGAUGCAACAUGGAACGGGCCUUUCACAGGCCAACAUAUAGGCAGUGUCGGAGAAGACAUGAAAUUAAAAAUCUGGCAAGAAGAUGUGACCCAGCCACCAAACUCGGGGCGACGUUUCAGGUCAAUCUUUCGCAUGACUGCACCCCAGAGACAUCCAUUUGUAUCACUUGACUUUCGUAAUAUUGACCUCGAGUCAUGGCUGGCGGUGAUCACCCGGGAUGGCUACCUCAUGGUCAUGGAGCCCGUUAGCCCUGAUAGCCUUGCAGACUGGCAAGCUGUUGACCAGUUCCGAGUGUGCACCGCCCCCGAACGUGGGGAGGAAACGAGUUUCAAAGUUCAGUUCCAUCAUGAUCCUACCGAUAUCACCCACACCAUCUUACCAGACUCUGAUCGAAAGAGUCUAUCGCUAAUCGUGGCUGCCAUGGACACUGUCAAGAUUUAUCGUACUGACGCAAACCGGCGAUUUUACCAUGCCAUUGAACUAAAUGGACACAGUGGGCUUGUGCGAGACAUUUCUUGGGCGAAUGGCUCUGUGCGUGGCUACGAUCUUAUUGCGAGUGGUGGCAAGGACGGAUUGGUUCGCAUCUUUGAAGUGUACACAAUGCCGGCUGGCCAAGCACCACAAAGCACCAACAGCCGGAAGGGCGAUCGUCGCAGUCAAUCCCAGUCGCAAUCACCGUCCCUCCGGGCAACAUCGCAGUCCGGAAUUGGCUCUGCUCUAGCAAGCCGUGUGCCUGUCUCAGUGACUGAUCGUCAAGCCAAUGGGGAUUCACAAUUUCGGCAUUCGUUCAAGCAAGUAGCUUGUAUUGACACCAAGCACCUCGAUGUAUGGCAAGUCCAAUUCUCGUUCUCUGGUGACUCGUUAAUUUCCUCUGGGGACGAUGGAACAGUUCGGUUUUGGAAGAGAUCUUUAUCUGGGGAAUGGCUUGAGUUCGCUGAAACAGACUUGGCUUCUCAGUGA